GGCUAGGAAGGGCAGGCCUUAGCUAGAACUGAUCCGAGGGGGUUCGGGGUUCAUGGCUCAGUGAAAGGACAAGACUGAGGGAAAGAAGAGUCGUGGAAAGGGGGCGGAUCUGGUGGCACGGGCGGCACCCGGCGAACCGCAUCAGGGCCGAAAUCUCCCCCACCAUGACCUCCACUGGCCCGGAGUCCACCACAGCCAGGUCCCGAAGGAGUAGGCACAACCCCCAGUCGUCCCCUCAGGACUCCAGCGGCACCCCGAAACGAAGUGUUAAGAAGGGCGCUUUACCUCGCUGCAGUCCCAACCUGACAGAGAUAAAGAAGAAAGGCAAAAUGAAGAAGCUCAGCCAAGCAGCCGAAGAAUACCUAAUCACGGGGCUGCAAGAGCUGGAUCUGGACUCUGAGGCCAAGACGCCGGUUGGCACUGGUUUGGUGUUCGAUGAUCAGCUCAAUGAAUUCCACUGCCUCUGGGAUGACAGUUUCCCAGAAGGUCCUGAGCGGCUCCAUGCCAUCAAGGAGCAACUGAUACAGGAGGGCAUCCUGGAUCGCUGUGUAUCCUUUCACGCGCGGUUUGCAGAAAAGGAGGAGCUGAUGUUGGUUCACAGCCUAGAAUACAUUGAUCUGAUGGAGUCAACUCAGUACAUGAAAGAAGGGGAACUCCGUGUCCUAGCAGACACCUAUGACUCAGUUUAUCUGCAUCCGAACUCAUACUCCUGUGCCUGCCUGGCUUCAGGUUCCGUCCUCAGGCUGGUGGAUGCAAUCCUGGGGGCUGAGAUCCGCAAUGGCAUGGCCAUCAUCAGGCCUCCUGGACACCACGCCCAGCACAGUCUUAUGGAUGGGUAUUGCAUGUUCAAUCACGUGGCUGUGGCUGCUCGUUAUGCUCAACAGAAGCAUGGCAUACAGAGGGUCCUUAUUGUUGACUGGGAUAUACACCACGGUCAAGGAACACAGUUCAUGUUUGACCAGGACCCCAGUGUUUUAUAUUUCUCCAUCCACCGCUAUGAGCAAGGUCGAUUCUGGCCCCAUCUUCCAGCCUCUAACUGGUCCACCACAGGUUUCGGCCAAGGUCAAGGAUAUACCAUCAAUGUGCCUUGGAACCAGGUGGGGAUGCGGGAUGCUGACUACAUUGCUGCGUUCCUGCACAUCCUGCUGCCAGUCGCCUUUGAGUUCCAACCUCAGCUGGUCCUUGUGGCUGCUGGAUUUGAUGCUCUCCAAGGGGACCCCAAGGGCGAGAUGGCUGCCACUCCAGCUGGGUUCGCCCAGCUAACCCACCUGCUCAUGGGUCUGGCAGGAGGCAAGCUGAUCCUGUCUCUGGAGGGUGGCUACAACCUCCGUUCCCUGGCUGAGGGUGUCAGUGCCUCGCUCCAUACCCUUCUGGGAGACCCUUGCCCCAUGCUGGAGUCCCCUGGUAUCCCCUGCCAAAGUGCCCAGAAUUCACUCUCCUGUACUUUGGGAGCCCUUGAGCCCUUCUGGGAAUUCCUUGUGCGAUCAGUUGAGACCAUCGAGGAAGACAGCAUGGAGGAGGACAGCAUGGAGGAGAGUGAGGAGUCCGGAUUCUGGGAGCCCCCGGUGCUGCCUAUGCUGACAUGGCCGGUGCUGCAGGCUCGCACAGGGCUGGUCUAUGACCAGCGGAUGAUGAGUCACUGCAACUUAUGGGACAACCACCAUCCCGAGACACCCCAGCGUAUCUUGCGUAUCAUGUGCCAUCUGGAAGAGUUGGGCCUUGCUGGACGCUGCCUCAACCUACCAGCACGACCUGCCACCGAUGCUGAGCUGCUCACUUGCCACAGUGCUGAGUAUGUGGAGCGUCUCCGGGCCACGCAGAAGAUGAAGACCCGGGAACUACAUCGUGAGGGUGCCAACUUUGACUCAAUCUACAUCUGCCCCAGCACCUUCACCUGCGCACAGCUUGCCACUGGCACCGUCUGCCGCCUGGUGGAGGCUGUGCUGGAAGGAGAGGUUUUGAAUGGCGUUGCCCUGGUACGCCCCCCAGGACACCAUGCUGAGCAGGAUGCCGCUUGUGGUUUCUGCUUUUUCAACUCUGUGGCCGUGGCUGCUCGCCAUGCCCAGGCCAUCAGUGGACGUGCCCUGCGGGUCCUGAUUGUGGAUUGGGACAUCCAUCAUGGUAAUGGGACUCAGCACAUUUUUGAGGAUGACCCCAGUGUGCUCUACAUAUCCCUGCACCGCUAUGAUCAGGGCACCUUCUUCCCCGUGGGGGAUGAGGGUGCCUGCAGCCAGAUAGGCCGGGCUGCAGGCACAGGUUUCACUGUCAACGUGGCCUGGAAUGGGUCCCGCAUAGGGGAUGCUGACUACCUGACGGCCUGGCAUCGUCUGGUGCUUCCCAUUGCAUACGAGUUUAACCCAGAACUGGUACUGGUCUCUGCGGGCUUUGAUGCUGCACGAGGAGACCCACUGGGGGGCUGCCAGGUGUCACCUGAGGGUUAUGCCCACCUCACCCACCUGCUGAUGGGCCUUGCUGGUGGCCGCAUUGUCCUUAUCCUAGAGGGUGGCUAUAACCUAACAUCCAUCUCGGAGUCUAUGGCUGCCUGCACCCGCUCCCUUCUUGGAGACCCACCACCCAUGCUGGCCCUGCUGCGGCCCCCACAAUCAGGGGCCCUGGCCUCAAUCACUGAGACCAUCCAGGUCCAUCGCAAAUACUGGCGCAGCCUGUGGGUCAUGAAGGUAGAAGACAAGGAGGGACUAUUCAGUUUUAAGUCGGCUACCAAGAAGCCACCUCGACCAGCUAAUCCUGGGCCAGCUGAGGGGAUGACCACACCAAAAAAGAAUGUUCUGGAAGCAGGCACGGGGAAGGCCACCUCAGCCCUAUCCGCAGGAGAGUCCAUUCCAGGCCAUACUGAAUCAGAGACAGCUGUGAUGUUCACUGAGGCCCAUUCCUCACAGGCAGCCACAAGGUUAGCCACGCUGUACCACACCACCUCAGAGGUGGGCAUGGGAGGAGCCAUGCUGGACCAGACCACCUGGGAAGCAGCCACAGGGGUAGCCACACCAGACCAGACCACCUCAGAGGAGUCUGUGGGCGGAACCUCACUGGACCAGACCACCUCAGAGGUUUCCCUGGGGGAAGCCAUGCUGGACAGUAUCAUUUCAGAGGAAGGAGACACGCUGAACCAGAACACCUCAGAGGAGGCUGUGAGGGCAGCCAAGCUGAUCCAAACUCCUCUAGCCUCAAGCAUAGAUAACCAGACGCCCCCAACCUCACCUGUGCCAGGAGCCAUAUCCCAGAUAUCCCCUAGUCAGCUGACUAGGAGUCUCAGAACCUUGAAACUAGGCGAUGAAGCUCAGAAGACCUCAGAAUCUCAGAUUCCGGAAGAGGAGGGCCUACUAGCAGAGGCAGCUGGAGGUCGGGAUGUGGAUGAUGUGACACUGAUGCAGGGAUCAGGGCACCUUGCUGACACUGACCAGGCCAUGUUUUAUGCUGUGACACCAAUGUCCUGGUGUCCCCAUUUGGUGGCAGUAUGCCCCAAACCCGCAACAGGCCUGAAUGUGACUCAACCUUGUCAAGACUGUGGAACACUCGAGGAAAAUUGGGUGUGUCUGUCUUGCUAUCAGGUCUACUGCAGCCGUUUCGUCAAUGCCCAUAUGAUCCAACACCAUGAAGCCUCUGGACACCCACUGGUCCUCAGCUACGUUGACCUGUCUGCCUGGUGUUACCUCUGCCAGGCCUAUGUCCACCACCAGGCUCUCCUAGAUGUGAAGAACACGGUCCACCAGAACAAGUUUGGGGAGGACAUGCCCCACCCACACUAAGUCCCAGAACGUGCUCCCUCUUCUCCACCUUCUGAGGCCCAAGACAGACCAGCCUUAGUUCAUUCCAAGCUCUACCUUGGAUGAGGGGGAGCCUCUCUCUCCAUCUCGACUUAAAUAUCCUUUGCAACUCCUCAAGGGUGCUUAUUUAAGUGUAUAUACCUUUAAAAAGACUGCGAUUAUCAGUUGUGGAUUUUCCCCUGCCCACUACCUGCUCAAGGGACAACACUACCCCACCCCACAAGGAAAAGAGGAGCUCAGUGGUUCCAAAGGGUUGCUGCAAUCACAAAGGCUAACAUUGGAGGAAGGGGGGAAUAACUGGCAGGUGUGGAGGGGUUGUGUAUGUAAUAAACUAUGAAGUUACAA